AGCGCGAGUGGGCGAGCACAUGCCACGUUGGAAGAAGAGCCAAAAACUGAACUGAAAUUGCAUCUGUGCAGCACCAGGUUCGCGAGGACACUUUAAUUUAACCCACCUCCAAGAAACAAAAACAAAAACAAAAAACGACAUCUUUUUUUUUAAAAACAAACCUCUGGAAGAGCCCACUGAGGAUCUCUGAAACUCGCAGGGAUGCACUUGUUGUCCGCCGGCUGCGCGUCUGCCCUCCUCUUCGCCGCGCUCCUCUGCCAAGUCACCUCUUUGGAGACCGUGAUCGGCCUGUAUGGGGAAACGAUCAAGAUCCCGUGCAACAUUGGAGCCACAAAUGCAGAAGACAUCACUAUCACUAAAUGGAAAUAUGACAAAGGGGAGGGAGUUCCAGGAAACCUGCUGACCAAACAGAAAAACCAGAAUGUCUCAAUCAUCCCCACUGAUGAAUACAAGGACCGUGUGAGAAUGGACGAAAACUUCAACCUGCUGCUUUCUGCUGCCAAGCUCUCUGACCAGCACACUUUCACUUGCAUGGUGGUGGCUCUUGGAGAUGUGUUGGAAUAUCCAGUUAAUGUCCUAAUUCACAAGUCGCCGGUAGGCCUGGAGAUUUCUGAAAAAGCAGAGGAGCUAGCAAUUGGAAGACUUACCAAGCUUGGAAAAUGUGUUGCAAAAGAUGCCAACCCACCUGCAAACAUCACAUGGUUCAAGAACAAUACACCUCUGGUGGCUGAUGGGAAAGGGAUUUCCAUCCAAGCCUCUGUUCUGGUAGACUCUGUUACUGGCCUCUCGACCACUACCUCCACACUGGAGUAUUCUGCAAAGAAGGAAGACACGGACGCCAGGUUCACCUGCAGAUCUCAGCACUCUGAAGGUCAAGAGCUGGUGUCCUCUUCUGUGACCUUCACUAUCACCUACUCCACGGAGAACAUCGUCCUUCAGGUCAAUGCUCAGAACCGGCUUGUAGAGGGAGACAACUUGACUUUGAAGUGUGUGGCAGAUGGUAACCCAGCUCCUACCAGCUUUAACUUUCACCUUAAGGGGGAGUUAGUGAAAGCGGAAAACACGGAUACCUACACCAUCACAAAUGUCUCACGUGACACCACCGGCCAAUACAAGUGCUCUCUAAUUGAUAACCCCUCAAUGGAAGCAAUCAAGAACAUCACAGUCAACUACCUAGACAUCAAUUUAAGCCCCUCUGGGAAUAUUGUCAAGCGUGCUGGUGAGGCCUUGAAUCUGAGUCUCCAGAUUGAUUCUUCCGAAGAAGCAAAGGUCUUCUGGACAAAGAAUAAUGUUAAACUGAACAAAAAGCCAGAGUUUGCCAAGCUCGCUUACUCGGACUCUGGUCACUAUGAAUGCAGCGUGACAAUUGGAGUCAUCAGCCGGAAAGCUUCUUUUGAUCUUACUGUUGAAGGUGCUCCGGUUAUCAAGCAACUGUCCAAAGAUCGCAGUAAGGACGGCCAGCAUAAAGUCUUGAUUUGUGAGGCUGAAGGUUCCCCAAAGCCAGCUGUUUCCUGGAGCAUUAAUGGCACUUUGCUUGAUGAAAGUCCUUUCAUCAAUGGAAAGAUAACACACAAGAUCAAAGUUGUGCCCUCUGCAAAUCUAACUGUCUCUUGUACAGUGACCAAUGAGUUUGGCAAUGAUUCCAGAGCUAUAAAUGUGUCGUCUUCAGUAAUUGAGGAGGUGAGAAUGGAUAAACAAGACCAGUCAGAAGACGGUGACCAAACCAGAUUGGUGGUUGGUGUUAUAGUGGGUCUCCUCAUCGCCACAGUGGUUAUAGGGCUGGCAUACUGGGUUUACACAAAGAAAUCCAAGCAAGGAAGCUGGAAGACUGGUGAGAAGGAGUGCGGGUCUUCUGAGGAGGAGAAAAAGCUGGAGGAGAAGGUGGAGGAGAACAGCCAAAAAGCUGAGGUGUAAAGAAACAGCAACUGUUCUUGAUGUGAAAGUGAGAACAUGGAACUUUUGCACAUUUCUCUUCACCUCUGUUUUUGUGUGUGUGUGUGUGUGGGGGGGGGGGGGGAGUACACUGGGAUGAAGACCGUUUGGAUUUGGUUUCAGGGAGAAUUUUACUAAAAAAGCAUAUCCAAACAUCUCCCCGAGCCCAUCGACCCCUCACUCCUCACUCCCAUUCCUAAAAAAAAGGAAGAAAGAAAAAAAAAAGAAUGGAUACUGUAUGUGAUAUACAUAACCUGUCUGCACUACUGAUACUUGUGUAAACUUGUCUACUAUUAGGAUUCAUGUUUGUUAGAAUGGAAAUUGGAAAGCUGAAAAAAAUGCAAAAUCACUACUAGACCAGUUGCCUUUGAUGUAAGGAUGUGUAGGCCCGCAUUAGUCUGUGUUCGACUCUUUCGGCCCUCGGGACAUAGCAGGGACCAAGGGACAUUAAUACCAUUGUUUUUUUGUUUGUUUGUUUUUUUUUUGAAGGGGGGAGGGGUGCUUGUUUGUUUGUUUGUUUUUUUAAGUUUCACACCAUCACAGUCGAACAACCUCUGCCUUCAAUAUCGGGGUCAUAAAUGUUGAUUAGUGUCAUUAUUUCGAUUUGUUCAUUCUGGUGUAAAAAAAAAAAAAAAAAAAAAAAAAAAAAAGCUGAGAAAUUGAGAAAUUCCUGAAAGGGCUAAGGGUAUUAGCAUUAGUUUUAGAUGUUGCAUUUCAGCAAGGAGAUGAUGUUUCACAAUGUUUUUUUUUUUUCUAUCAUUAUUAUUUUUUUAUUAUUGCAUUGUGUGUAACCAGGGGAGAAAAUGACAGAAACUCUGUUAAUUUUGCCUUUGUCUUUUUCUGACAUUCUUCACAGUCAGCGUAACCACCUAACAACACAAGCAGGUAGAUUAUUGGGAGAAUGUAUAGCACGGUUUAAAUCUUCUUUUAUUGACUGUAGUUUGGCUGCACGCAUAGUUUUUGCAUCAGAAGCCAUUGUUUACUUUCAUGCUUCUCUCUAAGAAAAUAGCAGUGAGGGAAAAGGAUAUUUUUAGUUUAUCUGUCAAGGCCGUAAGUCCGUUAUCAGUUUGUGCUCCCAUCAGUGUUGAGGUAUGAUUGUUCAUUAUAUAGCUGUGGCAUAAUUCUGUAAUCAAGGACACCCAGUGAGCAGGAUGUUUGUCUUAAAGUAGCCUUUAUGAUAUGUUUGCCUUCUUUUAAAAAUCUACCUGUAACAGCUUAAGUUUGUGAUGUGCACUACGGUUCAUGUUUCAUGUCGAGUUUGUGUAGAAUACGAUGAAAUACCUGCAGCUGUACAUGUCACAGUUUUGGUCCCUCAAGAGCAUUUAAUGAAAUUGAAAAAGUAUCAAGGCCAGGAUGUAGUUGUGAAGUAUGUGAUUUUACUUUUCCUUUUUGCUAUUUAUAUUGUACAAGACUAAAUAUCCUGGUAGGCACAUUCAAUAAUGGUCACAUAACUCAUAUCUUGGAUUUAAACCAUUGAUAAAUUGCUUGCAGACUUUACAAAAACGUAAUUAAGUUCUGAGUCAUCAGUAGUUUGCUCUGUGUCUGGUUGAAUAAUAUAUUCAGCAUGUGAUAAUCUCAGACCCCCCCCAAGCUGCUGUUUGUUGCCUACCUUGUGUAAAACCAUCCAAUUGGAAGAAUGACCAAAGAAAGUGAACAUUGCCAUGCAAGUAUUGUAAAUAUCUGACGUUUGUUUUUGUACUUUUGUUUAAAAUAAAGUGUACAUUUGGAACCA